AUGAGCUCUGCUCAGUUUGUCUCGACCCCCUCCCCGUCAUGUUCAAAGGAAACAAGCAACAAAAAGCCAGCGUAAGUAAAUAUUUUUGUUGGCUCGUUUUAUGUUUGUUGUUGGCUUCUAUCGUGCAGAUGUUGCAGGUGUGAUUUGUCUUUUCCUGUCAUUUUUCUGCUUUCAAUCAUUGUUUAAUGCUUAUAUAAAUACCACUUUCAGAGUCAUUCUUUUUUAUUGAGUUUCCACUUGCGACUGUCGUACGGAGUUUAUAUUUUUCGUGUAUUCCGCGUGAAAGAGAAAAACAACUCCAGGCGACAAACUUCCCAAGAGUGUUUUUCCUCCCUUUAUAGAAAUAAGACUACUUCUGUUGUGUUUCUGUGGAGUUUUGACUUGAAUUGCUGAAUAGCUGUCUCAACCCGGCAUUUGUCAAACCUUUCGUUUUCCUCUCCAGUGGCGUGCGUUUAUCAAAACUCCGGAAAACAUUUCGGGACCGAAAUUUUUCUUGUCGGUUUUCUAUUGAACAACUGCACUUACUAGUGCCAAUAUUUUUGUAUUAAAUAUUUUCUUGUAUACAACCAACCUCUUCGGCAUUUUUUCGUAGCUCGAUAGCUCUUUGUCUCUUCCCUUUUCACAACAAAGUUUUAAAAUAGGUCUCACUGUUCCUCACACUUGAAUAUGCUAAAAUUACACAUCAUGCAUGUGUUUUUUAACUUCCUACACAGUUCACACAUUAUAUUUAUUUCUUAGCAUUAUAUUUGUUUCUUACUACCAGUGGGGUUUACCUUUCAUCGUAAGGCGUUUCUUUGUUUUCCUCUAUUAAUAUGAUAGAGUUUUUGUAGAUUGUGUGUUGUUUCUUUCACUACUGUCAUUGAUAGUUUAUUUACUAUGCCACAUUUCGUAUGACAGGAUGUUCUGGACAGAGGAACAUGAUGUCAUUUUAGUCAGAGAAAUGCUAGCGAACAGCCCCUUUGCUGGCACAAAACGUGGGACAGUUCAAAGAGGUCGGAAGUGGAACGAAAUCUCUGAGCGCCUUUUGCAAGUAGAAGCCCCCAAAUUUAAGGUUGACCAGAGAGGUGUUAGAGAAAGGUAUGGUCUACUUGCCAAAGCAUACAGGAGGAAAAUUAGAGAGGAGGAAAGAGCAAGUGGGAUUAGCACCCCAGAAUUGACAGAGGUAGAGCAAGCCCUGGAAGACCUCAUUGUGAGAGAAGAUGAGGCUGAUCGAGACCAACAGGAGACAGCAGCACAAAAGAGGAAGGUAAAGGAAGAUAAGAAAGAUGCUGAGGAAGUGAGAAAGAGGGCAAUGGAGAGGCUGGGAGACAGAAUGAAAAGAAGUGAGAUUGAAGGAAAGGGGAAGAAAAGAAGAUCAAGUGGAAACAACACCCUGGAGUAUCUAAAGGAGAGGAAUGAAAUGUUGGAUGAAUUUAAAAAAGAGGAGCUGGAGCUGAAAAAGCAGGAGUUGCAGCAAGAAGCCAAGAAGAAUGAAGCUAUGAUGAAGUUGAUGAGCCAGCAGCUGGCACAGCAACAGAAGCAAAUUGAUGGAUUCCAGACCAUGAUGAUAACCAUGUUUUCUAAAUUUUUGGAGAAGUGA